AACACUCAACAGAGAGUCAGAGAGGGAACGAAACGAGGAGCCUUAUUGAUGGUUUCUUGCAUGUAUACGCAGAAGUUCGUCCACUCCGUCGUCCGUUCCUUCUACAGGGCGUCCCCAGCGCUCAUUACAACACCCACAUCUCACAGCUACAGCAGCGGCAUUGCAUGGAGACUAUACUAUCACACCACCACCACCAACUUCGCCCAACUUAACGCCAUUCCAACCAACGCUGCUCCAAAGCGCCGCUCCACCACUACCACUACCACCAGAAGAAGAAGAAAACGCGCCGAGGAGGCCAAGAGAAGAGCAGCUGCGGCGGCGGCAGUAGCAGCAGCACCUGUAGAAGUGCCCUGGACCAAUCAGCAAUUACAAGUACUCAAAGCGGUCGCAGAGGGAAAGUCCGUCUUCAUCACUGGCUCCGCCGGGACAGGGAAAACCAUCUUGCUCAAGCGCGUCGUCGAGGUUCUCAAGCAACUUCAUACCCGUAAGAGCGUCUUCGUCACCGCUUCUACUGGUGUCGCUGCUUGUGCUCUCAGUGGCCAAACCCUUCAUUCCUUCGCCGGCAUUGGAUUCGGGGACGGUGAUCGGGAGAGCCUGCUCUUAACUGCUAAGUCCAAGUCUUCCUAUAGAUGGAAGAGGGCUAGGGCGUUGGUCAUUGAUGAAAUUAGCAUGGUAGAUGCUGACUUGUUUGAUACCCUAGAGUACAUAGCUCGAGAGAUUCGACGCAAGGAGAGUGGUCGGCCCUGGAGUGGGUUACAGCUUAUCGUUAGCGGUGACUUCUUCCAGCUUCCUCCUAUAGGUAAUCGUUUAUCUUUGUCAGGGAAGGAAUUUGCGUUUGAGGCUGAUUGCUGGGAUAGAAGCUUCGACCUGCAAAUUGAACUUACUCAAGUUUUCAGGCAGUCCGACUUGAAACUGGUUGAAUUGCUUCAAGGGAUAAGGAGAGGGGACAACGAUCCUGAAAGGUUGAAGCUUCUGCAGGAUAGGACGGUGACAAGCGAGCCUGAUUUCUCGGUUACUCGCCUCUUUCCAAGGAAGAAUGAUGUGAGCAGAGUGAAUAAAGAGAGGCUGAGAAGCUUGGGCCGGGAGACUGUCACCUAUACAGCGCUUGAUGUUGGGCAGGAGCCUUGGAAGAGCCAACUCAAAUUGGGGAUUACUCCUGAUGAAGUGGAGCUCUGUGUGGGUGCAAGGGUUAUGUUGCUCAAGAACAUUGCUCAGUGGGAUGGGCUAGUUAAUGGUGCCACUGGUACAAUUACUGGUUUUAAGCAGAGGGAGACGGUAGCCAUUGAUAUAUGUUGCAGCCAGCUGUUACCUAGUGUUCAAUUUGAUUCAGGACCAGAGAUUGUUAUAUUGCCAGAGAAAUGGAAUGUAAUGGAAGGUGAUACUGUGUUAGCCACACGCAAGCAGAUUCCGCUCAUGCUUGCUUGGGCCCUCAGCAUUCACAAGUGCCAGGGAAUGACUCUAAACUGCCUUAAUACCGAUCUGUCCAGAGCUUUUGGUUGUGGGAUGGUCUAUGUAGCACUUUCCCGAGUCAGGAGCUUGGAGGGCCUUUACUUAUCCGGUUUCAAUCCUUCAAAGAUUAAGGCACACCCAAAGGUUUUGGAGUUCUAUCAAAGGCUUUACUAUAGUCAAAACUUAUCAUCAUUUUAGAGAGGAUGAUCAAGAUCUGCAAAUGGUUUCUUCAGAGCUGAGGAUUUGUUACGGUCCUAAAUGGUUAAAGUUCUUGGCUUGACGCAUUCCAUCAGCCUUCAGAGCUGAGAAUUUGGCGUAUUGGUCAAGCACACAACGUUCUUCAUAGAUGAUUGGAUGGUGAUAUCUCUUUAUUCAGUGUCAGUUCACCAAAUCAUGCAUGAAACAUCUUCAAGUGUUGACUAGGUUUUCUGGAAAAAAAUAACAUGCCAGUGCCAGUUUGGUGUCCAACCCCGUCCAAUCGAGCCUUUCAUCCUUGUGGAAUUUCAAGGAAUUACUGGUUCACAUUUUGCAAGUGUUAAUAGCUUCGUACUUCGUACUAUUGUUGGGGAUGAUGGAAUUUUAUGUGCAAACCCUAUGGUUGUGUUUGGUUUGAAGGAAAAGGUUGUGGAAGGAAGGGAAACCUAUGCUCCUUUCCCUAUCUUUUCCUUCAAAUCAAUCACAGCCUAAAAAUAAGCUUUCUUUUGGGCUUUUUUUGCAUAUUCUCUGUAUACUGAUUUAUUUCAUCUCUUUAAUGCAAUUGGUUUAAUCAUAGACAAA